ACCCAACAUGUAUUUUCACAUAUUUUUUUAAUUAGUAAAUCAAAAAAUAUAUAUUUAUUUUGUCUUUCUUGAACUAACCUUCUUAUCCCAUAAACUACUAUAAAUAUAUGCACCCCUAUGGUUAUAAGACACAAGUUUUUCUUUCAUUUGUUAAAGAAAGUGUAUCAAAUUAAUUAAGAAUAUGGCUUCAUUAGUGAAAGGUAUCUUUGAUAAAACCCCAAAAGUGAAGGGAACUGUGGUGUUGAUGCAAAAGAAUGUGUUGGAUAUCAAUGAACUCACUGCAGCUCAAAGCCCUGGUGGCAUAAUUGGUGGUGCCAUAGGUGCUAUUGGUGGUAUUGCUGGCUCUAUACUUGAUACAGCCACUUCUUUCUUGGGUCGUUCUGUGGCUCUCAAGUUGAUUAGUGCUACAAGUGCUGAUGCAAGUGGAAAAGGAAUUGUUGGAAAAGAAACGUUCUUGGAAGGUAUUCUUACCUCCUUACCAACACUGGGAGACAAACAAUCUGCUUUUGCCAUUCAUUUUGAAUGGGACACUAAAAAUGGAAUUCCAGGAGCUUUUUACAUCAGAAAUUAUAUGCAAGGUGAAUUCUUCCUUGUGAGCUUGUCCCUUGAUGAUGUUCCAAACGUAGGAACCAUCAACUUUGUUUGCAACUCAUGGAUUUACAAUUUUAAGAAUUACAAAACCGACCGCAUUUUCUUCGCCAACAAGACAUACCUUCCAAGUGCAACACCGGCUCCAUUAGUCUACUACAGACAAGAAGAGUUGAAGACUUUAAGAGGAGAUGGAACGGGAGAGCGUAAAGAAUAUGAAAGAAUAUAUGAUUAUGAUGUUUACAAUGAUUUGGGUGAGCCCGACAAAAAAGCUACUUUGGCUCGUCCAGUUCUUGGGGGAUCAAGCACUUUGCCUUACCCUCGAAGGGGAAGAACCGGCAGAAAACCAACUAGCAAAGAUCCAAAGAGUGAGAGUCGAAGUGACGUUGUUUAUCUUCCAAGAGACGAAGCAUUUGGUCACGUGAAGUCAUCGGACUUUCUUGUUUACAUACUCAAAUCAGCAUCUCAAAAUAUCGUACCUCAAUUAAGAUCUGUAGUUACAUUACAACUCAAUAACCCUGAAUUCAACACCUUUGAAGAUGUGCGUUCACUUUAUGAUGGUGGAAUUAAGCUUCCUACCGAUAUACUAAGCCAGAUCAGCCCAAUUCCAUUGUUCAAGGAACUUUUUCGAUCUGAUGGUGAAUCGGCACUUAAAUUUCCACCACCAAAAGUGAUUCAAGUGGAUCACUCUGCAUGGAUGACUGACGCGGAAUUUGCAAGGGAGAUGAUUGCUGGAGUGAAUCCACACAUCAUCAAGAAACUUUUGGAGUUUCCACCAAAAAGCAAAUUAGAUAGCCAACUCUAUGGUGAUAAUACAAGCACAAUAACCAAAGAAAAUUUGGAGCCAAACUUGGAUGGGGUGACAGUAGAACAAGCUAUCCAAAACAAUAGAUUGUACAUACUUGAUCAUCAUGAUACACUCUUUCCAUAUUUGAGGAAAAUAAAUGCAACUGAGACAAAGGCUUAUGCUACUAGAACAAUCCUUUUCUUGCAAAAUGAUGGAACUUUGAAGCCAUUAGCCAUUGAGCUAAGUAAGCCACAUCCUCAAGGUGAUAGUUUUGGACCUGUUAGUAAUGUUUACUUGCCUGCAAGUGAAGGUGUUGAAGCUUCAAUUUGGUUACUUGCCAAGGCUUUUGUUAUUGUAAAUGAUUCAUGCUAUCACCAACUUGUUAGCCAUUGGUUGAAUACUCAUGCUGUUGUUGAGCCAUUCAUCAUAGCAACAAAUAGGCAUCUUAGUGUGGUUCAUCCUAUUCAUAAACUUUUACUUCCACAUUACCGUGACACGAUGAACAUAAAUGCACUUGCGCGAAAUGUCUUGGUCAAUGCUGAGGGUAUUAUAGAAUCAACUUUCUUGUGGGGAGGAUAUGCUUUGGAAAUGUCUGCUGUUGUUUACAAGGAUUGGGUUUUCACUGAGCAAGGACUACCUAAUGAUCUAAUUAAAAGAGGAGUGGCGGUUGAGGAUGCAGCUUCCCCAUAUGGUGUUCGCCUUCUGAUCGAGGACUAUCCUUAUGCUGCUGAUGGAUUAGAGAUAUGGGCUGCUAUUAAGUCAUGGGUUGGCGAAUAUGUGAAUUUCUACUACAACUCGGAUGCAGCAGUUGCACAAGAUUCUGAACUCCAAGCAUUCUGGAAAGAACUUGUAGAAGUGGGUCAUGGUGAUUUGAAGAAUGCUACAUGGUGGUUUAAGAUGCAAACUCGUGCGGAGUUGAUUGAAGCUAGCACCAUCCUCAUAUGGAUUGCUUCAGCCCUUCACGCAGCUGUUAAUUUUGGACAGUAUCCUUACGGAGGAUACAUCCUUAACCGACCAACUAAGAGCAGAAGAUUCAUGCCUGAGAAAGGAUCCCCUGAAUAUGAUGAACUUGCUAAGAACUACGAGAAAGCGUAUUUGAGGACAAUCACACCGAAGAAUGAUACACUUACUGACUUGACCAUUAUAGAGGUCUUGUCAAGACAUGCUUCUGAUGAGCAAUACCUUGGAGAGAGAAUUGAAGGUGAUAUUUGGACUUCUGAUUCACAGCCAAAAGAGGCAUACAAGAGGUUUGCAAAGAAGUUGGCUGAAAUUGAACAAAAACUCACUCAAAGGAACAAUGAUGAGACGUUGAGGAAUCGGACUGGACCUGUGAAUAUGCCAUAUACUUUGCUUUAUCCUUCAAGUGAGGAAGGAUUGACUUUCAGAGGAAUUCCCAAUAGUAUCUCCAUCUAAAGAGGGUCAGUGUUGUUGUGUUGAUAUUAUGAAUAACUGAUGAGAAGGAAUUCGAUUCCCUUGUCUAUUAUCUACCUAUGGUCAUGUCGUUAUGUAUGUUUGUUUUAAUGUUUUAAUGUUGUUGUACUUUACAUCAAUAAGAACUAUCGUGUUUGUUCUACCUUGUCUCUUUAAUGGCAUCUGAUAUCAAAUGCAAUCUUAAUGAUUUUA